CGAGUGGCGGGCAUGGCGUGUGCCCAGGGACCAGACCCGCUGGGGGCCGGCGGUGGGGGCGAGCGGAGGCCCCGCUGGGACAACAGGCUGCAGUACCUCCUGAGCUGCAUCGGGUUCGCCGUGGGCCUGGGCAACAUCUGGAGGUUCCCGUACCUGUGUCAGACCUACGGGGGAGGGGCCUUCCUCAUCCCCUACCUCAUCGCCCUGGUCCUCGAGGGGAUCCCGCUCUUCCACAUCGAGCUGGCCAUCGGCCAGCGCCUGCGGAGAGGCAGCGUCGGGGUGUGGAAGGCCGUCUCGCCCUACCUGGGCGGAGUGGGCCAAGCAGGGACCUGGGUGCUGUGUGGGGUGAACCCAGCGAGUUCGAGGAGGUGGCGGCAGGCCGUCCCUGGUCACUCGGGUGUCUGCCCCACAGGGCUGGGCUGCCUCACCGUGUCCUUCCUGGUCAGCCUGUACUACAACACGGUGCUCACGUGGGUGCUGUGGUACUUCCUCAACUCCUUCCAGAGCCCGCUCCCCUGGGGCUCCUGCCCGCUGGACCUCAACCGCACAGGGUUGGAGGCAGAGUGCCAGGCCAGCAGCCCCGUGAGCUACUUCUGGUACCGGCAGACGCUGAACAUCACGGCCGACAUCAGCGACAGCGGCUCCGUCCAGGGGCGGCUGCUGGCCUGCUUGGCCGCGGCCUGGGCCAUCGUGUACCUGUGUGUCAUCAGAGGCAUCGAAUCCACGGGGAAGGCGAUUUAUUUCACAGCCUUGUUCCCCUACCUGGUCCUGACGGUCUUCCUCAUCAGAGGGCUCACCCUGCCCGGGGCAGUCAGAGGCCUAACCUACCUGUUCACUCCCGAUGUGCAGGUUCUCCGGAGCCCCCGGGUGUGGCUGGACGCGGCCACGCAGAUAUUCUUCUCCCUGUCCCUGGCCUUCGGAGGACACAUCGCUUUUGCAAGUUACAACCCGCCCAGGAACAACUGUGAGAAGGACGCGGUGACCAUCGCCCUGGUCAACAGCAUGACCUCCCUCUAUGCCUCCAUCGCUAUGUUUUCUGUUUUGGGAUUCAAGGCGGCCAAUGACCACGGGCGUUGCCUGGACAGAAACAUCCUCCAGCUCAUCAACGCGUUCGAUCUCCCGGACCAGAGUGUCUCCAGGGACGACUAUGCCGCUGUCCUCACGCACCUGAACGCCACUCAGCCCGAUAGGGUGGCCCGGCUCUGCCUGGAGACUUGCCGCCUGGAAGACUUUCUGGACAAGAGCGCCUCGGGCACGGGGCUGGCCUUCAUUAUCUUCACGGAGGCCAUCCUCCACAUGCCGGGGGCCCCGGGCUGGGCCGUGCUCUUCUUCGGGAUGCUCUUCACCUUGGGCCUGUCGUCCAUGUUCGGGAACAUGGAAAGCAUCAUCACGCCUCUCCUGGAUGUGGGGCUUGUGCACCGAUCUGUCCCCAAGGAGGUCCUGUCCGGGCUGGUCUGCCUGGUGUGCUUCCUCUCGGCAACCUGCUUCACGCUGCAGUCGGGAAACUACUGGCUGGAGAUUUUCGACAACUAUGUGGCUCCUCUGGACCUGAUGGUCCUUGCCUUCUUCGAGGUGGUCGGGGUCGCUUACGUUUAUGGGGUGCAGCGGUUCGGCGAUGACAUAGAGUGCAUGACCGGGAGGAGGCCUGGCCUCUACUGGCGGGUGACCUGGAGGGUUGUCAGCCCGCUGCUGCUGCUCACCAUCUUCGUGGCCUACGUGGCCGUCCUGGCCUGGACACCGCUCAGCUACAGGGCCUGGGACGCCCAAUAUGUGCGGUUCCCGUUGCGGCAGGAGAAGUCCUACCCGGGCUGGGUGCAGGCCACCUGUGUCCUCCUGUGCUUCCUGCCCACGCUGUGGGUCCCGGCCGUGGCGCUGGUCCAGCUGCUCGCCGAGUGCAGACGGAGGAAGGACGGCUGGCAGGCCAGGUGCCCGAAGCUGCAGGGCAGAGGGGCCUGCUGAGGGCUGGGCAGGGGUGGCAGGGAGGGCCAGCCCGUGUGCCACGUGCUUGCAUUACACCUGCCCUGAGCCUGA